GCUUGCUGUUUUCCUAGUGCUCAUUUACAUGCCCUAACUAGGCUAAAAUGGCCAGCAUGCAACUCCUUAUGCAUAGAUAUAAGGAUUAUAGUUAUUAUUAGGGCUCACAGUCAGCUUACUCCGGACGAUACUAGCUGUAAAAUGAUUGGCCAUCUGAGGAGGCGGUGUCGGUGAGGCAUCAACUGCGGCUGACAGGAUCGUGUUGCAUGGCAAUUUUGCAAAAGUACUUUUGACGCUGAGUCCCGCUUGACUAGAUCACGAUAUAAGAUGACGGCCACGCGAAGAUAAAUCUGUUUGAAGGAACCAAACCAAGCUUACACCAAAGACCCAAUAUUCAGCAUGGACCUCAGUGCACCCUCUGGCUACGAGUCAUACUCCAACCGGCUCGACCCUCACGACGAAGUCGACAACGGAUAUGCUGAAAAGAGCCCGCGUCCGGUUUCUGAUAAACAGGGGCUCCUCAAGCAGCGCCAUGCGCCGCAGAACAAGAGCGUGAGUAUCUUUGAUACCACCAGGCUGGCCCUGCGCGUCCUCAUCCUUCUACUUGACCUCAGCAUCCUGAGUCUGCUAGUUCAUGGAGUCAGCGUUUGGAAGACGACGCACAACUCUGUGGACAGGAACGAGGACGGCUGGGUGAGAACCCGAUGGGCUUCGGUCAAAAUGCUGUCGACGUGGUUAAUGCUAGCAAUCGCAGCAUUUGCAUCCUUUGUCCAGGCGGUAGCUCUAGUGACGCGCCUCAGCUUUGUAAGUUCUGGGCCAGACGAGUCAUACUUGAUUUGAAGACGGUCUAACAAGAAGAUAGUUCCGCUCAAUGCGCGACGGCUUGGUACAUACCAGCGCCGUCCUGGCCAGCUCUGGUGUUGUUA